AUGGCGGGCAGAGUCUCUGGAGCUGUUUGUGGCGUGAAGGCUCUUCGAUCAGCGGUUCGCGCUGCAGUGGUCAUCGGCCUGUUCUGUUUGUCAGGAAGUGGAACGGCAGUGGAUGACAAGAAAGACAAAGUCUUUACGUGCUCAACUGUCAAAAAGCAGUCGGUGGUUUCUUUGAAGCUGAAGGACACGAAAAUGCCAAUCAAGUUCGCAUGUCCAAAGGGCUACGAUGUGUUUCCAUCUAUCACAGUGGAGCCCCACCAGUUCUGUAGGGACUCUCUGUGCGAGCAGAAGGCACCAUUGGCAUCGUCAUUCAGCAUACAGGAAAGUGAGGCGGAAACGCAGACGGAAGAAGAACGGAACUAUAAUCUCUUAGAAGAGAACCAAGGAUUGUCGACGGCCUACAAACUCACCAUGAAAGAGCAAGUGGCAGCAUCAUCAACUCUCUACUUCCAAUGCAGGAAAAAAACUGAAGGGAACCAAGCUGAAGGCGUUGAACGAGACGCGUCCAAGCCGGGAAAGUUACAUAACGAUUCAAUACAGUGUGCGUUUCAAGUCGCGGCGUACGGUUCAAAAGCUGCUGCUGAGACAUCUGAGAAAGAACACGAGUGUAAACUGAACACCGAACUAUCUGCGACCCUGAACACGAGUUCGACGUCGUUCACAUUCCGCUGCCCGAAGGAUUCGAGACUGCUGCCCGUUAACUUUGACAAGGCUUACGAAGGAAGAGAAUGCACGAAAAAAAGGUUUCUGACUCGACUGGGACUGAAUGCGUCUCUUUUGGAGGGAAAAUCCGUCACUUCGCAGGUGGAAACUGUGGCUGCACAGGUUUCUGAGGAAACAUCGCCCGCCUACACGUUUUCUGUCUCUGAGUUUCCGGAAAAAGAUGUACACGUGUGCUACUACUGUGUGAAAGGCGAUGUUAAGAAGCAGGAAAUUGAUGCUCGUGACGAAGUUUGUAAAGCUCUCAUUGAGGUCAAAGGAGUGCCCAAACCGGACCAGGGAGCCUCGAGCGGUACUGCAACGUUUUCAACGAAUAAGCUGGUUAUGGCCGGCGCCAUCCUCAUUUCCUCCGCUCUCGUCAUGAGUAUCUCUGCAUGAGAGGAGGUGAAUUGCAUCGGUCAGUGCUCCACCUCGGAUAUGUCCGUAGAAUCAUGUAUUUGCAUCAUUGUGCGCAGCGACGAGGGACUUUACAUUUGCCGGUGUGUGAAGCGCGUGUGUUGCUGUUCGAAUUCGUGGCUGGUUCUCGACCUAGGACACAGUGAAAACGGUUCAUUUGCCCGGCAUCUCUGAGCAUGACGUCUCGAAUCAAUGUUGCUUCCACAGUUUAUGUGCGGUGCCACAGUGUCCGCGACUGUGUUCCCGUUUGAGAGGAGCGGGAUUGCAGACUUGCUCCACCCAC